AUGCUUGCCACUUCUAUAUGCCGCUCUCACACUGAUGUUGUCCAACACAAGGAGGGGACGGGGAGACCUCCCAGUGCUAUCAUGCCCCCACUCCCAGCACAAUCGGAUGGGUGGACCCCAGACAACAACAACUACAACAGGCCAGCACAGCCAUUCGCCCUCAUCUUGCCCCACACUGUCAACCUUGUGCCAGCACCCCUACGCCGUGAUCGCCCACGAUCGCACCAUAUCGUGAAUAGCAACACUAUUGGCUGGUAUCCCACCACCCACCACCGCUCUCACUUCCACACUCACGAGCACGAUAAUGCCAAUCAGCCUGCUAACCUCUGCCCUUUCACUGGUACCACCUCCACCGAUGCUGCCCUUUCAUAG